UCGAGGAAACCAAACUGAAACCUCCCCAUUUGAGAUUUGUGUUUAGUGAACGUCAUUGUCCAGAGAAAAUAUUAAUUUAGGAAUUUCAGAAAUGUUUAGUUUUAAUAAUAUGUUUCCGGUGAUGUCGCGGCCGUUUAGCACGCACUAUUCGUGCUAUUCGGUGGUCAUGUUUCCCGGAAACGAGAGGGAAGAUGUAGAAAGGGGUGGGAAAAUUAUAAUGCCACCCUCCGCCCUGGAGCACUUGACCCGUCUCAAUAUAAGCUACCCGAUGCUUUUCAAGCUCUCGAAUAAGAAGCUGAAUAGGAUCACACACUGCGGCGUGCUUGAGUUCGUGGCUGAUGAAGGGAAAGUCUACUUGCCGCACUGGAUGAUGAGGAACCUUAUGCUUGAUGAAGGUGACAACGUACUAAUCGAGAGUGUGUCUUUGCCUGUGGCGACCUUCUCACGCUUCCAAUCUCAGACGCCCGACUUCCUCGACAUCACGAAUCCCAAGGCGGUUCUCGAGAACUGUCUCAGGAACUUCGCCUGCCUCACGACCGGGGAUAUAAUCAACAUCAAAUACAAUCAGAGGGAUUAUGAGUUGUCCGUACUCGAGACGAAACCCGGCGACGCGGUGACGAUUAUAGAAUGCGACAUGAAUGUCGAGUUUGCGGCUCCGCUCGGAUACAAGGAGCCGGUGUCGGAGAAGGCGCAGACCGAGCCGAUGGAGGCAGAGGAGGAACUCGCAGUGGAAAGCAGCAGCUUUGUCAUGUUCGGAGGCGAAGGCUACAGGCUGGAUGGCAAGCGCAAGAAAAACAGCGACAGCGACCAGUCGGUCAUCAAGAAACCGAUCCCGAGGGGCGUUCCAGACUACGACUGGCAGAUUGGGACAUUAACUUUUAUGCGGAAUGUCAAGCCGGUUGUAAAAGAUGCUGGCGAAGAGAAGGAAUCGUUCUCUCCUUUUUCAGGAAAGGGAGUCACACUCAGAUAAAGCACUGCCAACGAUCUCAAAUUUAAUUUUUUUUCUUCCCUUAGCUUAUCUGAUUCCUCUAAUGGAUAAUAUAUUUUUGGAUAUCUUUCUAUUUUCCUAAAGUUUUUUCCUGUUGUUUUUGCUGUAUCUUGUUUAACAUGAGACAUCAUGCAUUACCGGAAUUUUAAAGAGUUUUCAUUUGUCACUCGGUGGCAUUAUCUUAUU